AUGUUAUCCGCUGGGGGAAUUUACAGGAGUCCGUCAACGCUUAUGGGCCUGCCGAGUGUACGCCCAAGAGUCACGCAUACGAUUACAUCUCCAUCCAAGCUGGCAAAUGAAAUUGGUUGGGGAACUGAGCUGAACUCCUGGGUGACGCAGCCCGAGAACCCCGACAAGCUGGCAAUCAUUAGUGCUUUGGGCGAAUUAUGGCUUGAAGGACCACUCGUGGGUGCUGGUUACUUUGGCGAGCGUGAGAAGAGAGCGGCUGCCUACAUCGAGAAUCCCGAUUGGCUGUUGAGUGUGGGCCAGGUCAUUCUGGCAGAACUGGGCGCCUGUACAAGACUGGCGACCUGGUGCGCUAUAAUCCAAACGGUGAAGGUGCGAGGGCAGCGUGUAGAACUUGCUGAAAUUGAACAUCACGUUCGGAAUGCACUCGCUUUCCAGAAGGGUGGCGAUAACAAAAUUUUGACAGCGUUCGUCAGCACAUCCGUGACUGAUGACAACGCUGGCAAGUCUGCACUUGGUGCUCGUGUAUCCCAAGCCACAGAAACACUGCAGGAGCAGGUUCCAUCCUACAUGAUCCCUGGAGCAUACGUGUUUCUACAACGUAUGCCAAUGAGUGCUACUGGUAAGACAGGCCAGAAGAAGUUGCAUGCAAUUGGGUCUUCUAUGACACUGGAAGAGCUUACCUCACUCGGCAACACUUACGGGGAAGGUGGACGGAGAGCGCCUACAACGGCGACUGAGCUUCGUCUGCAAGCGGCUUCGGCAUGUACCCUCCAGACAAGCGCUGAGAAGCUGGGUCUAGACGACAAUUUCUUGAGGAUUGGUGGUGAUUCUAUCCUUGCUGCGCGGCGUGAGGGCCUGUCAAUCAAGGUUUCAGACAUCUUCCGAAAGCCCACUCUUGCUGGCCUUGCAACUCUAGCUACUGAGAUUCCGACAACAGCAUCAGAUCUGCCAGAACCUAUCGCUCCCUUCUCAAUUUUGCGGCCAGGAAUAAGCUUCGCACACAUACGUAGCCAUGCCGCUGCUGCGUGUGGUGUUCCACAUGAUCUCAUACAAGAUGCUUUCCCGUGUACACCAUUGCAGGAAGGACUGAUGGCGCUGAGCAGGCGAGUCACUCCACAUCACCGUGACGGGAGGAACACACCGGGCUGACAUGCUGAGCGACGUACUAGACACGCUUUGUACGCUGUUGCAUCGAUUUUCCAAGGGGCGGCUAAGGGUACAACGUAGAUGAGGGGUUUCUAGAUAUUCCGUCAAGGAGCGAAGAUAAGGUUUAUCAAAGACUUGUUUACAGAGUACUUUCUGCCCCUUUGCAACUUGUGGUCCCCCUCGCAAGCUUCUCCUCUCUCUUUCCAGAUCCUGCGUAUGUUGA